CGGUCCUCCCCCGACCCCUCCUUCCUCCCACUGGAGAGGAUGCGCUCCCCUGCGCCCGGCGGCAGAGGCCACCGCUCCCAGAAAUGCGCGAGUCCGACCUCCUUCUUCCGGACCCCAGGAGCCGGCGUCCCCGCCCUGUAGGGUUAUGACUCAUCGAUCUUGAAAAAAAGGACUUUUCCAAAUACUUUGCACUUUUGACUGUGUAGUAUGGAUACCAAGGAAGAGAAGAAGGAACGGAAACAAAGUUAUUUUGCUCGAUUGAAAAAGAAGAAACAAGCCAAACAAAACGCAGAAACAGCCUCAGCUAUAGCUGCAAGGACUCAUACGGGCAAAGAAGAUGUUAAUACCGUCAUUUUAGAGCAAGACAAACGCAACAAUGCUGUGGAACAGGAAUAUGUUACUGACGAGAAGAAAAAGAGAAAAACAAAUCAGUUAAAAGAGAUCAGACGUACAGAGCUAAAGAGAUACUACAGUAUUGAUGACAAUCAAAACAAAACACAUGAUAAAAAAGAGAAGAAGAUGGUGCUUCAGAAGCCCCAUGGUACCAUGGAAUACACUGCUGGAAGCCAGGAUACCCUAAACUCCAUAGCACUGAAGUUUAACAUCACUCCCAAUAAAUUAGUGGAACUGAAUAAACUCUUUACACACACUAUCGUUCCAGGCCAGGUCCUUUUUGUGCCAGAUGCCAACUAUCCUUCCAGUACCUUAAGGCUAUCAUCGUCCAGUCCUGGUGCUACUGUCUCUCCUUCAUCAUCAGAUGCCGAAUAUGACAAACUGCCUGAUGCUGACUUAGCACGAAAGGCCUUAAAACCCAUCGAAAGAGUCUUAUCAUCUACUUCUGAAGAAGAUGAGCCAGGCGUGGUGAAAUUUUUAAAAAUGAACUGUCGAUACUUCACUGAUGGAAAGGGGGUGGUUGGAGGCGUCAUGAUUGUCACUCCGAAUAACAUCAUGUUUGACCCUCAUAAGUCGGAUCCCUUGGUUAUUGAAAACGGGUGUGAGGAGUACGGCCUCAUCUGCCCCAUGGAAGAGGUUGUUUCCAUCGCUCUCUACAACGACAUCUCUCACAUGAAGAUCAAAGACGCCUUGCCAUCUGACCUACCUCAGGAUCUUUGUCCUCUGUACAGGCCUGGAGAAUGGGAAGACCUGGCUUCAGAAAAGGACAUCAACCCAUUCAGCAAGUUCAAAUCCAUCAACAAGGAAAGACGACAGCAGAGUGCAGAGAGAACUGUUACUUUGGAUUCCAACUCAACAAGGCCUUUGGAGAAAUCAACAGAACACACGCAUAUGAAGCCCUCAGGCAGCUCGGUGUCAGAAAAAUUAAGGAAGCUGGAAUCUUCCAAGGAGACAGCCAGAGACUCUCCCACGGUGACUAAGCUCAGCAAGGGACCUUCAGAUACUCACUCUGCAUUUGAAUCUUCAGCCAAAGAAAACUCUCUUUUAGGGGAAGACGAUGACUUCGUGGACUUAGAAGAACUUCCUUCUCAACCUGAUCAUGGAAUGGACAAAAGGGACCCCUCGAAGGAGUGCCUUUUUGUCAACUCAGAAGAGCGGAAGAAGGCUGAGUCACAGAGAAUCAAUUCUGCUAGGGAAAAGCAGGUGCAGUUAACCUUGAACUUUUCAGAAGCAGGGAAUGAUGCUGAACUGAAGGGGGCCCUAGAUUUAGAAACCUGUGAAAAGCAAGAUAUGAUGCCAGAAGUGGACAAGCAGUCUGGGUCCCCAGACAGCCAGGUGGAAAACACACUGAACAUACAUGAAGAUCUCGAUAAAGUUAAACUUAUUGAAUAUUACCUUCAUAAGAACAAAGAAGGGUCACAGUUAUCUGAAAAUUUGCAGAAGGCAGAAUUAAGUGAUGGCAAAAGUAUCGAACCAGUGGGAAUAGACAUCACCCUUAGUAGUUCUUUUCCUCAAGCAGGUGAUCCCUCAAGUGAGGGCAGUAAAGAGCCAGAUAAAACCUGGGUGAAAGAGAUAGAGCCCCUUCCAAUGAAAAUGGACCCUUCUACAGAGGAAAGUAUGAUUAAAGAGCCUCUAGACUCCUCCCUGGAACCAACUCUGGACAACAGUUGUGAAGACACACAAACAGAUAAUAAAUCUGAAAUUCAGUUAUGGCUAUUAAAGAGAAUUCAAGUACCCAUUGAAGACAUGCUUCCUUCAAAAGAAGAAAAAAGCAAGACCCCCCCCAUGUUCCUGUGCAUCAAAGUGGGAAAACCAAUGAGAAAAUCCUUUGCCACCCAAACCACAGCCAUGGUCCAGCAGUACGGCAAACGAAGGAAGCAGCCGGAGUACUGGUUUGCAGUUCCUCGGGAGAGGGUGGAUCAUUUGUACACGUUCUUUGUUCAGUGGUCUCCUGAUGUCUAUGGGAAAGAUGCCAAAGAGCAAGGCUUUGUGGUGGUGGAAAAGGAAGAACUGAACAUGAUUGACAACUUCUUCAGUGAGCCGACGACCAAGAGCUGGGAGAUCAUUACCGUUGAGGAGGCAAAGCGCAGGAAGAGCACGUGCAGCUACUGUGAAGAGGAGGAGGAGGAGGCGCUGCCGGUUCUGCAGCCCCACAGUGCGCUCCUGGAGAACAUGCACAUAGAGCAGCUGGCCCGCCGCCUUCCAGCAAGAGUGCAAGGGUAUCCAUGGAGACUGGCCUAUAGCACAUUAGAGCAUGGGACCAGCUUGAAAACGCUCUAUCGAAAAUCAGCAUCACUAGACAGUCCUGUCCUGUUGGUCAUCAAAGAUAUGGAUAAUCAGAUUUUUGGAGCAUACGCAACUCAUCCUUUCAAGUUCAGUGAUCACUAUUAUGGCACAGGAGAAACUUUUCUCUACACUUUUAGCCCUAAUUUCAAGGUCUUCAAGUGGAGUGGAGAAAACUCAUAUUUUAUCAAUGGAGACAUAAGUUCUUUGGAACUUGGUGGUGGAGGAGGACGAUUUGGUCUAUGGCUAGAUGCUGAUUUAUAUCAUGGACGGAGCAAUUCUUGCAGCACUUUCAAUAAUGAUAUUCUUUCCAAAAAGGAAGACUUCAUAGUUCAGGACCUAGAGGUAUGGACAUUUGAGUGACAUUCAGACUGCCUUAAACUACAGCAUUAAAAAGACUGGGUUAGAUCAGCCCUCCUAAAGCCGGCUGGAAGAGGAAGGCCCAGCUGAGGCUGCCUCACACCACCCUAAUGCUUUCUUUCUGCCAUCAUCUCGAGCGCCAUCACCUUGCAGAAAGACUCGGAAAGGUCCAUGUGGAGGGCAGACACGGAAGAGAGAAAUUUGAAGUCUACGUUGUUGAAAGGCUUUGUACUUCUCCUUCCUUCAAGUCCACACAGUGAGGACUCAGAGUGUUUAUAGAUGUAUGAGUUGAAUGCAAUUUUUAUUUUUGGUAACUGUGAAAAAAAAGAUACUGUGGAAAUAUAUACAUGCCUUGUGUAUUUAUCAGCAUAAUUUUCCUUACCAAAAUGUAUAGUUAUUGUUUGCCAUGGAAAAGGUUAGUCUUGUUUAGAAAAAUUGAAAGUGCACAGCACUUCAAAGGGAAUAGAUGAUUUUUUUUAAACUUUUAUUUAUUAUUUCUAGUAAAUUGUCUGAAAUGUGUUGGCAGGUUUUUUUUUUUCUUUUAUCGUGUCAAAUCUUGAAAUACAGAAAUGUAUACAUUUUGUGCUA